GCAGCGGCCGUCGCUGUCGCCGUCGCUGUCGCCGUCGGUCGCCGAGCCGGAGGACGCGGCCCGGAGAGGCCCUGCAGGCCUAGCGCGGCCCGGGCGAGCCCGCCGAGUGCGUGGUGUGCCGUGAGUAAAAGAGCAGCCAGCGCCCUCUGCACGGCGCCUUCCCGGUUAAGAUGGAGGAGAUUUCGCUGGCCAACCUGGACACUAACAAGCUGGAGGCCAUCGCCCAGGAGAUCUACGUAGACCUGAUAGAGGACUCCUGCCUGGGGUUCUGCUUUGAGGUGCACCGGGCGGUCAAGUGUGGCUACUUCUACCUGGAGUUCGCAGACACGGGCAGCGUGAAGGAUUUUGGCAUCCAGCCAGUGGAAGACAAAGGAGCACGCCGCCUCCCGCUUUGCUCCCUUCCCGGAGAACCCGGGACUGGGCCCCAGCAGGAGCUGCAGCGUUCGCCCCCGGAAUUCCAGUAGCCACCACGUGAGACCGAGAGAGAGAAGGGAGAGAGGGCGACAGUGACCAGGACAGUAAUGUAGACUGGUCCCGUGGCUUGGAGGAGUAAGCGAAGUUGGAGAAGGAAAAAAUAAAAUUAAAAAAAAAAGAAAAAAAAGUCCCAGUUAUCCUUAAAGAUCUUAGCAUUAAAAACAGACAAAAAGAAACAACAAACAAAAACAAAAAGCCCAAAGAAGAGAAUUUAGCAAUUUGGAUCCAUUUGGAAGGAUACCCAGUGUCAGCUGUGAUAUCCUGGGCAGGACAAUGUUCCCAGGCAUCAUGCUGUAUUUACACCCGGAUGUACAAGAUCCCUGUGUUGCCCUGCCGUACACAGGAAACCCUGGACCUUGUCGACAAGAAGUUCAGAACCACCUGUUUCCCCAGAGGCCCAGCAUUUUCAGUGAUUUCGGCUGAUGUGAGGGGAACAAAGCCUCACCUUCUGCUCAUCAAAAGGCCUGCCUGUCUUUCCAUUCCACUUAGCGGCAGAGGUUUGGACCGGGACAAGGUGGUUUAUAAACGUGGAAGAUUUGGUGCGGAUGCUGUGAGCAUGAAGUAGACCUCUACAACUGCAUACCGUCUCCACCUGGGAGAUGAUGUCUUCAAUCACUGUGGACAUAAGUUUGGUGGGACAGUUUUCCUACCUUUGAGUUACUAGGGAUGUAACCUGCCCAUGGGUCUGACUUGGUGGUUGUGACAGGUCACUGUCGUCCAGGGGCACCACAGAACUGUUAGAAGGGCGCAGUGGCCAAGCAGGAGACUGAAAAAUUGAGCCAGGAGGGAAAUUUUUGCAUCUGCCCUCAGUAAUGUGAAUGAGUUCAAUGCUAAGGGCUCUGUAAUAGGCCUUGCUUACCCAGUAUCUUUGCAGAAUCUCUCUCUCUUUUUUUUUCCCCCUCUCCUCAAAUAGGGAAGUCAGACUUCUACUUUGGUGAAUUAAGACCACCGACACCUUUUCUGCCCUCACAAAUGCCAGUGUACUCCACUGGACCUUCUUGGCAGCGUGAGCUGUCCUUUUCGUUUUGGAAGUUAGGAAAAGACCUCCAAAUACCCCUGACUUUGGAGGCUGGGCCAGAAGUGGAUGGGGAGUGAGGGGCGGAUCAAACUGUCCUCUGUGUUAGUCCCUAAGUGAGGGUUGAUGGAGGGUAGGGGGUGGGAGUCCUGAGGUGAGCAGAACAGAACGGUGCUGCUUUAUUUGAGAUGUUUCUUACCUCAUUUUGUGCCCCAGUAAAGGGUCCAGCCUCAUCUGUCCGGCUUGGCCAUGUUCCUGUCACUGCUCCACUGCCUAUCUGGUGCAGCUCAUGAUUCCAGGUGCUGCUUGCCACUCUAGGUUCUUACCCUGAUCGGUUUCAGUUCAUCUCCAGGGUUCCUGCCUCUGAAGCCUGCCUACACAAGUUUCCUUUUUGUUUUUGUUUGUUUGUUUUGUUUUUAUUGUUGUUGCUCUCUUAAGUUUUUACGUUGUUGGUUUUGUUUUACCUGUUUUUAUGGAAGACUGGGAGGAGAAUCUUCUUACAGCUCCCUGUUUGGAUGGGGAUGAGAAAAUACUUUUAUUUUUAUUUCUUUUUGUAUUUGCAAGGCAGUGUCAUGCCUAAAUAAUUCUCUUACAUAGGCCUGCCUUGCUAGUCUACGCCCCUGCUUCGUCCUGAGUUCUCUCUUCCCGCUGCUGCUUGGAUAUUGCCUCCUGGGACUUAGAGCAGAACCAUGAGAGCUGUUACACACAAGGAUGGAGUUAGUUCUGCUCCACAUUCUAACCCUACUGUGGACAUGCCUCCCUUUUCCUGAUUUGGGUUACUGUCUCAAGAGUUAAGGAAACCAUAGUGAUUGGGCCUUGAGACUAUCUGUUGCCUUCUCAGAGUUUUUCCAGCUCAGGGUUGGGGCCUAGUACAGUUUGAUGGGGAAAAAUAAAAACAUGAAACCUUGUCCAGAAACUAAAGAUACCUUGCUGCUUGAAUUGUUUCAGCCCCUUCAGUGAAUUCCAGAAAAAGCAUUCUUACAGACUCCUGUCUGCUGAAAGUCCUUGGGAAACAGGAUGAAAGGGAGAAAGGCCACGGCCCGCCCACUCUUGCCUUCAGAUAGGGAGCUCAGAUGUGACUUUAGUACUUUGUUUCUGCUCUUUUCUGGUUAGAAGUGGGUGGUAGUUUGGAGUAAUGGUUUGCUCAUAUUUCUUACCUUUUUUUGUUUUUGCUUUCUGUCUCCAUCGUUUCCAUUAGGGCUGUAGCUCCCCACCCUGUGUACCUAGAUGAGGUGGGCCUAGUUCAGCUGUUACUGCCCUGAGGGAACAACUACUUUUUUGGAAGCUAAUGUUCUCCGCCGUAUAGUUGACAGUGGUUAGGAACUAUCCCUUCCCUGCUUUUCCUGUAACAGCAGAAUUCUAUCCUCCUUCAAUUAAUUGUAUUGACCACUCUGUAAUCCUAUUAUGUAUCUUGAGUGUGAGCGUGUGUGUGUGUGUGUGUGUGUGUGUGUGUGUGUGUGUGUGUGUGUGAGUGAAAGGGGUUCUUUAAAGUUUCUGUGGUUUGUGGUUUUUUUCCUUCCAUAAAUUAGUUCCUGCCACCGCAUGCCCAGGGGCCACUGCCUGGCAUUACCGCAUGCUGGGAUCAUUGGGGGAGGGUAGUGUGAAAUUUACCACUGUCCUUUGUUUUGGAGAUUCUUAUUUUUUAAUAAGUAAUCUAUCCUAUACAAAUAGCUAAUUAACUUUGUGUGUUCCCCUGCCCAUAUGGCUGCUGGUGUAAAUAAAUUGCAUUUUCCCAUUGCUAAACCGUAAUAAUAAAAUUUAAAAAAUA